AUGCUAGCAAAGACAUUAGAAAUUAACUGGCACGACGGACAAGCCAUUUAUUCAGUUGAUUUUUCUCCUGACGGUUCACGAUACGCAACAGCCGGUGCAGAUAACUCUAUUCGAGUAUAUACAACACCUUCUUCCUCAAGUCCCAAAAAUGAAAAAAACAAACAAUUAGUGGAUUCUUUACCUGUCAACAUCGAUUUUCUCUCAGAACUUAAGCGACAUUCUUCACCUAUUAAUGCUGUUCGAUUCUCACCUAAAGGUGAUUUACUCGCCUCAGCGGGUGAUGAUACAUGUAUCAUUAUUUGGAAACUAUCACCUAUGAAAGAAACAACUUUUGCAAGUGAAUAUAAUGAUUAUGAAAAAGAAACUUGGACAGUUGUCUCCAUUGGUCACAAUAAAGAAGUAUAUGAUUUGGCUUGGUCACCUUGCGGCAAUUAUUUGAUUACAGCAUCUAUUGAUAAUACAGCUCGAGUGUGGUGUCUAACAGAGAAGACUUGUAUUCAUGUAUUUGCGGAUCAUACACAUUAUGUGCAAGGUGUCAGUUGGGAUCCCUUGGGCCAAUAUGUGGCCACUCAAUCCAGUGAUCGUUCAGUGGCUAUAUACAAAUACAAAAAAGCACAAAAUGGAAAACUUGUGUUUGGAGCAUGUUCACCAACAGCAACAGCAACAGCAACAGCAACAGCAACAGCAACAACGGCGACAGCGACAACAACAACGACAACAACCGGGUCAUUUCGCCUUUAUCAUGAUGAAAACCUAGUGUCUUUCUUUAGAAGAUUAUCUUUUAGUCCUGAUGGCGCAUUACUGAUCACACCAGCAGGCUUAAAUAAGCCAGUUGAAGCUAUGAACAAUGUAGACACAGAAGAAAAUGACCAAGAAUUACUCAAUUGUGCUUAUAUUUAUCCUCGUAAUUUAAUACUCAAACACCCUAUUGGGUUUAUAGGAAACCACCCAAAGCCUUCUAUAGCUAUUCGAUGGUGCCCUAUGCUUUUAAACAAAAGACGAAAUGUUACAUCCUGUUUUGCAUUACCUUAUCGUAUGGUCUAUGCAACAGCUACACAAGACUCUGUUUAUAUUUAUGAUACGCAACAAUCUCGUCCUAUUUGUGCUAUUUCAGGGAUGCAUUUUGCACCUAUUACUGACCUUGCAUGGUCUCAUGAUGGCUCUAUUCUUAUGUUCUCCUCUGCAGACGGCUAUUGUUCUGCAGUUGUCUUCUCACAUGAAGAAUUAGGAGUGAAGCAUGAU